AAUAUAUUAAUAGCAGGUAUUAUAAAAAUUAGUUUUAGCCUAGGUAAGGAAAUAGUCGCCCUAAGUAUAGUAAAAAUAAAAACGCACUUUAGAACAAUAACUUUUUAUAUUUUAUUUAUUAAUACCUUAUUUUUUUUAUAUUUUAAAAAUAUAGAUUAA